AACUCAGUAAUAGUUGGUACGAGCCAUACUUAAAAUUAGAGAACUGGAAUAUGAUCACACCUUCCGUGUUAGCCGCUCGUUAUGUUGUUAUCAUUUUCCACUACUAUAUACCAUACUCUCCGUACCUAGGUAUUCCCCGCCGGAAUAUAGCCAAUCGUUAUUCAGAUAGCCAUAAUAAGGGCUUGGAUAUGUUAAUUCGUCGCGAGACACAUUUAUUAUUAGUGACACACCCACUUAUGUCUUUCUUUAGAAGGGAAAUUUGGCUUGGUACCGAUGUUUGCCUACCUAGCAGGUACCUAAGUACACUUCAGAGUUUCGCGUGUUGAUAGAACUUGGAAGUUAUCGUACAAAUUUUACUUUGAUCCCAACAUCGAAGAACCACGACCCAAAGAUAUCUAGCAUUCAACCUUUCCCAUAUUUUACAAAUCAUUAUACUUAGUAUUUUGAACACGAAGUAUAUAACUAAGAUCGAUAUAGCGACUAGAAACUUAAAAAUCCAUUCGGAAACAUGUCACAAAUUGACAUUACCGCUCCCGAGACGUCAUCCUCAAGCCAUGGCUGGCGCUUCUGGGCGAUUAUGACAUCCAUGGCAGUAGCGAGUCUCCUUGCGGGCCUGGACGCCACCGCCGUCUCAACAGCCAUGCCAUCUAUGAUCAACGACCUUGGGACCAGUCAAGGCUUCAUGUGGAUAGCUAAUUCAUACUUGCUCACAACGACUGCUUUCACACCAAUAUUUGGGCAAACAGCGAACAUCUUUGGUCGACGUGCGCUUACACUCUUUGCUAUCGCAACCUUUGCCGUUGGGUCAGCAAUUGCUGGCCCUGCCCCCACUCUCGCUGUUCUUGUUGUUGGUCGUGCUAUUCAGGGCAUUGGCUGUGCCGGGCUCAACACCAUGGUGGAGAUGGUAGUUUGCGACUUGGUGCCCCUAAGGGAGCGAGGCAAGUUCAUGGGCUUCAUCUUCGCCAUCUACGCCAUUUCCACCACAGUGGGACCACUAGUUGGUGGUGCAUUCGCUAGCUAUGUAACAUGGAGGUGGAUAUUCUACUUGAAUAUUCCCAUAGCCGGACUGACGCUCGCAAUGGUCAUUGUAUCUCUCGGGGCACUACCGAAGGGGUCAAAUAUAUCCCCAACCUCGCUUAAACGAGUCGAUCUAGCGGGGAAUUCUUUACUUACAGCUUCUAUCACCUCAAUCCUUAUCGCUUUGACCUGGGGUGGUGCUGAAGAGCCUUGGUCGUCGUGGAGAACCGUUGUACCCUUGGUCUUGGGAUUAGUAGGGAUACCUUUGUUCCUCCUGUUUGAGACGAAGGUCCCCGAACCGACCACACCCUUCAGGCUAUUUUCCAACAGAACAUCACUUGCUGGCUUUUGGUGUGCUUUCACCCACAAUAUGCUAGUGAUGUGGAUUUUGUUCGUUUUGCCUAUCUAUUUCCAAGCCGUCCUCGGCUUUUCAGCGUUCAAAUCGGGUGUCAACAUAUUACCUACAGCGGCCGUUUGCAUGCCAUUCACCAUAGUAAGCGGGAUCGUCAUGUCUAAAUUGGGGCGUUAUUGGCCACUGUUAAUGGUUGGCUUCGCUUUUUUCCCUCUUGCCUUUGGACUGUUUACCAGGCUCGAUGAGAGCUCAACUACGGGCUACUGGGCGGGGAUACAAAUCCUUGGUGCACUUGCCAUUGGUAUCAUCACACCGAUAACCCUGCCAACAAUUCUAACCCCACUUCCGGAGUCCGACGUGGCUGUUGCAACGGCUACAUGGGCUUUCAUGCGUGGAUUCGGAACUAUAUGGGGUGCUGCCAUACCUCUCGCCGUUUUCAACUCCAAGGCUGAGUCCUUAGUAGCCGCCCGCCUUGGAGAUGAUGAAAAAGCGCGUGCACUGUUGAGCCACGGCGGGGCAUAUGCAUUGGCAGCCGGAGGGUCCGUGUACUCCGAUCUAGGUUUGGAUGAUAACCCUAGCCUGGAAGCCACCGUAAAAGAAAUCUACGUGUCUAGCCUUAAGUUGUGCUGGCAGGUCGGGCUUGCUUUUACGUUGUUUGGUUUCCUCUUGACUUUUCUCGUUAAAGAGAUAUCUAUGCGUACUGAACUGGAGACCGAGUUUGGGUUGGCUGAAGAGUCGGAGAAAAAAAGUGAGGGGGAGACGGGGGUGGAGCCGGAGCCGUCCCCCAUUCAAACACCAUGAUAGUGGAGACCUUGUUUUGUUUGCAUGUCUGAUUUGGGUGGGGGUGAAUAAGUGUUAGGUUGUGUAACCACGGAUAAGUUGUAGGCUGACAGGUUAGGAUUUCGAAAUAUUUCCUUUUUGUGUAUCACUACAUCAUGUAUGUCGCCGAAUUGAUUACUAGGCACUUAUGUACUUGCCUACAGUUAUGAUUUUGUAUUAAGGACUGUUAAUCCUAGCCUACCAAAUAGGUACCAAAUCCCAAUAAACCCGUCUACCUACAUGUAGGUACCUAGGUAGGUAUACGGUUGAAUUUGAUUUGCUGAGUUUGUGUCAGACGAAUAUAUAACAUAUGGCCCUGGAGAUAGACCUAUAAGGCUGUCGGCAAUUAUGGAAACGCUUAGAUCCGAUCCGAUCCGAUCCGUAAUCCCGGCGAUCCUUCUCGCGUCUUUCGGUGAGCCAGCCACACUUCCAGGCUCGGAUAGUUGGCCCGGCGUUUUCACCCCAUUAGGUCAGCGGUGCAUACGGAGGUAGGUAUGCACAUAUAUCACAAUGUUUAUCG